ACCAAGUUAGUCCGCUACUAAUGCUAGGCUAACCCCCAGUCGUUAGCUUUCACUUAAGUUUAGUAACGGUGUUGUAUACCGGGGUGCUUUUAAAGCAAACAUGGAAGGCGUCGGCGUACUAGUACUACGUUCUGUUCUGAAAACUAAAGCCUGCUAGCCAGAUAGUCAUCUUUUUCUGUGAGCUGUCGGCCUUCAGAGGUCGGGGGGGUAACGUUAGCUAAACUUGGUUAGCUGGCUAAGGGCUAACUGUUAGCUGAAGCCGGCAGAUGCGUCUUUACGCUGCUAAGCAUGUUGAUGUGUUCCUGUGAAAAAGUGGAUUUUAACAUUACUCCCCGCACCGUCGCUCGGCUUGUUUUCGAGGCCGAGCAAGAUAACAGAAACGGAGGAAACUCAUCCAAUGGGAGGUAGCUACUUCCAGACACAGAUCUGUCUUUGUGUGAGACUUCAUCUCUUGCAAAGAUGAGCCUGGUAAUACAAAUGCAGCCCUGAAGUCCGCUAAUGGUGGCACAGAGGAAGAGUACUGAAGAAAGAGAGUGACACCGGACAGGAGGAAGGGUUGAAGCACAUAAGCUAAACACAGACAAGUGUUGAUAGAGCAUUAUAUUCACUCUUCACCUGCAUAUAUACAGGCUGGAUCAGUGGAAAUAGAUGGCCGACAAAGUCAGAAGGCCUGUGAAAUUAUCUGACAGGCCUCCUUCGAGCUUCGUCACUCAUUGCUGCAUCAUCUUUGACAGUUAAAGAAGACCUGCACCACUGUUACCUUGUGAACUGUUCUGCGGUCAACACUCCCGUGGAAAUGUUCUUGCCGAAUGUGAUGACACUUCCUUAAAUACUCAGGAAAUAAUGGAAAACACUGAGUUAUCUUUAACUGGGUGAUGUUGCUUAAUAAAUUGAUCGUUAUUUAGCAACACUAAGUUGAAUUGCACAAAGGGAGUGCUUGAUGUUUUCACCAUCAUCCUGUUUCUAAACCACACCAAACACGAGCAUGACAGGAACAUCUCAGUCAGUCAUGGGUCAGCUUUAGAGAUGCAACAGGUCGUUGUUGGUGUCAUUGACUUGACUGAAAGGGGAAAUUAAGCCUUGGAAAACUCCAGAGAUGACUAUGUCCUCUCCUGUGGGACCAGAAGCUAUCACCCUGGCUCAACCCAUCCCCGUCCCAACGCUGACUGUCCUGCCGCCAUCCUCGGAUACAGAGUCCUGGUCCCGCUCACCCAGCCCCAGACCGCCACGCUCAAGCCGCCACAGUCGAUUCCACCGCAGCAGGACCCGAACCAAAAAACGAAACGAGGAAGAGCAAGGCUGCACUCCUAAGCGACAAUGGGGUAAAAAAACACACAUUUUAGUAGAGGAGAUUGUGGAGAAGGGCAGACAGCGGAGCCCCUCGCCCUCCCCCUCUGCGACCAGUCAGAUGGAGGGGGAUGAGCAAGGUCAGGACAGCCCUUCACAGGACCUCCUCCUGCCACCCUCUCGCUCCUGGUCUCGUAGUCCCUCUCCCAGCAGGCGCUCCCGUUGGUCCCUCAGGAGCCUGCUCAGCAGAGACUCUGACUGGGACAGUUGCAGUACCGCCAGUAACUCUCCACGCAGCACCCCCGGCAGCUCUCCCUCCCUGCGGCGCAGGGUCCUUGGGGGUGGCAGGGCCAGUGAGAUCGAGGGAGGAGGAGGGGGAGGAGGAGGAGGAGGAGGAGGAGGGGAGAAGAGCAGUGGUGGUGGAGGAGGAGGUGCAGAUAGUCCCCUGCCCUCCAUACCCUCUGCCUCCUCCCUCACGUCUGCCUACCCACUUGCUUCUCGCCACUUCAGCCGCAAUGCCAAGAAAAUGCAGAGCUGGUACAAUGUCCUCAGUCCUACAUACAAACAGCGGAACGAGGAUUUUCGUAAACUCUUUAAGAAACUCCCUGACACAGAGCGACUUAUAGUGGACUACUCCUGUGCUCUCCAGAAGGACAUACUGCUUCAGGGCCGCCUCUAUCUGUCAGAGAAUUGGCUCUGUUUCUACAGUAACAUCUUCCGCUGGGAAACUACUAUCACUAUCCUGCUGAAAGACGUGACCUCUAUGACCAAGGAGAAGACUGCAAAGCUCAUCCCAAAUGCCAUCCAGAUCAGCACUGACAAUGAGAAGCACUUCUUCACAUCAUUCGGAGCAAGGGAUCGCAGCUUCAUGAUGAUUUUCCGUUUGUGGCAGAACGCACUGUUGGACAAGUCUCUUUCCCCAAAAGAGCUCUGGCACAUCGUACACCAGUGUUACGGAACUGAACUGGGUCUCACUAGUGAAGACGACGACUAUGUCUCCCCCACCGCUGAACACAUGAACGGCCUACUGCCAGGAGACGAGUCAGUGUCGGUCACAGAUCUGCUAGACCUGAGCUCGGUGUCGGUUCCCUCCACGGGCAGCUCUCCCCCUCCCCUGGUUCCCUGCAGUCAAGCCAGCCCUUCCUCAGCUACCAACCUUGCGGGCUCGUCCCCCCCUUCCUCCGCCUCCUGUCUGCCCAUAGAGGUGCCUUCCUCAUCUGGCCGCAGACUCAGCGCCGACCCCUUCGAACCCAGCCCGCCCAGCUCCCACGGCUCGCUACCAUCGACCACUCCCACCAACGCUUCUGCCUCAGCCCCGGCCUCUGCUGCUGCUUCCUUUAAUAUGGAAGAGGGUGGGGACAGCCUCUCCGAGUCAGCCAAUCACAUGCUGCCCCCACCAUCCACCAGUCUGGGAAACCUCUCCUCAUUGGAUAUCACCAACGACGAAGAACUGCCCACAGACCCCAGCAACUCCUCUGACACGCAAGAAGAGAGUGAAGUGGAGUCGUUCUGCGCUAACCUGAGUGGGCGGCUGCACAUCAACACCGUGGUCCGCAUGAGUGUAGACAAGCUGCACGACCUGCUCUUCUCUGCUGACACACACUUCAUCCAGCACCUCUUCUCCCAGCGACACUUUACUGACCUGUCGGUGGGUGAAUGGCAGCAGGACAGCAGCAGUGGGAAUACCAGUCGUGUGCUUAGUUACACCAUCGCCCUCAACAACCCCCUCGGUCCCAAGACCGCCCCUGUGGUGGAGACGCAGACGUUGCACAAGAGCAGCGCCCGGGGCGAGUGCUUUGUGGUGGACUCGGAGGUCAUCACCUCAGGCAUCCCCUACCAGGACUACUUCUACACUGUCCACAGAUACUGCCUCACCUCCAUCAACAAGCACAAGAGCCGGCUCAGAGUUUCCUCAGACAUCUGCUACAGGAAGCAGCCUUGGAGUCUGGUGAAAGCACUGAUUGAAAAGAACACCUGGAGCGGCAUUGAGGAGUACUACAGACACAUGGAGAGCGAGGUGUGCAAGCUGGAGACUCUACUGCAGUCUGAGGUUUCCGUGGUAACCACAGGUGAAGCAGUGGGCGCCGAUGCUGCAAAGACCCCACCGGCCCUGCGCCGCCGCAAACGCACAUGCUCUCGACGGCAGGGCGAGAAGGAGAGAGAGCGGGAGGGAGGCGGCAUGGGCCCCGGAGACCGAGGGGACAGAGGAGUCGGAGAGGACAGGGACCGGAGAGAAGCCAGCUCUCAGUAUAUAAAGCUGGGGGAGCGUUCACGUAGCGGGGGACACAACAGUAUAUCCACCAUCCUCCUCAUCGUCAGCUUCAUGAUCUGUAUCAGUCUGGUGGUGCUGGUGGCUCUCAACAUGCUGCUGUUCUACAAGCUGUACGCUCUGGAAAGAGCGGCCCAUACACUGGAGACAUGGCACUCCUAUUCUGUUGCUGACAGUCCUUUGCCCCAGACAGCUGGAGAGUGGGCUCAGGUCUUGCAGCUUCAGCGGCAGUUUCACCAGGCUCAGCUCAGCAAGUGGCAGCAGAUCCUACAGUCUUCUGUCACACUUCUCGACCAGAUGAAGCAGUCUUUAGAAAAGCUCCACCGGGGCAUCGUGGUCCCAGAGGUGCAGCAGGAUCCCCCAGACGAUCCACUCACAGAGUCCCUGACUGAAGCCUGAGUGCUCCCUCUCCUGGUCAACACCCCCACCCCCCCGACUGCCUCCCAUCUCUGAACACACCCUGGUGGAGAAGAAGGGGCUGCUCAUCUUGGAUCAGGACACAACCAAGGGUGGGACACGCAGGGCAGGAGGGAUGGAACUACAUUACCCACAAAUCUCCUCACCUGACUGACUUGAAAUGGCGACGCUGGCCUUCAGCCUCAACCAGAGUCAACUAUAGAGAACUCAUUCAGACUGGAAGCUAUCAGGACCACAGCAAUAAUUUAUCAGUUAUGUACUGUAUGGGAACAGGCCACUGGUGGCCCGAUUCAGACCAUCCAUUCCUCACGAAACAUUUCAAAAAUGGCCAACUGCAUUUCAGAAUAACGUCAUUUCAGACCUGCUUCAUUUUCAGACUAUCACAGACUUCAGUUCCUCUUCUGACAUGCAGCAUUUCGUAGGUGCAGCAGGGAGGAAUUAGUGAUUUCUGGUGAGUCCUGGGAAUCCUGGGCCUGCUGAUUUAAAAAAACAAACAAAACAAACAAACAAAAAAGAAAAGUGGGGGACGCCACCUGCUGUGUGGAUGUGACGAACAAACACCCGGGAGGAGAAGAGAGUGCGCCGACAGGAGCAGGACGCCUCUCUCGCUCGUUCCCUCAGGGAUUCUUUGUUCUCAUGUCCGAGUUGAGCCCCUUCGGAGGCUCUCAGUCCUCCGAGAAAGGGGAGGAGGAACAUUUCAACGCCAGACACUUUAGUUUUCACCCUUAUUGUUCAGAUGUGAAUUGUACAUCUGAAGAUAAAACCCCCCCAAACACCUCCCCACUCCUCCCAGUCUCUUCUGGGUUUUAUCGUUUUUUCAGAAUCAUUGUUGGAUCAUUUGUCUUUAGGCUGCGUCUGACAGCUUCUCAGACUGUUACAGUAUUUAUUAUUACCGGUGACUUUUUUGACCUGAAGUCCUGUCCUGCUCUUAAGAAGUCAUUUGGUGGGUAUUUUGUGCUCUGAUUUGCUGUUGCGGACCAAGAGGAGCUACGCGAGAAGGAUUACUGUCACAGCAAUAAUGGCAAUAGUGAUUCUAGUACUUUUUGAAUGUUUCAAACAAAGUAGUAUAUAAUAAUGAUGAUGACUUGUGUGUGAAUGUGUGUAGAGGCAGUGAAAACAAACCCAAGCAAAGAAGAUGUUUGACUUUGAGAGAUGUGUGCGUGCGUGUUCAGGAGGAGCCGUCCUCAACGUUUUCAGAUGUUACAUGUUCAUAUUAGCGUUUUUUGUUUUUUUUUUGAGAUUUCUUCAUCAUGUUUGGUUGCUUACUCUUUGUAUCUCAGAGCCAGACCUCCGAUAGUUCAGGAUUUAAGGUAGGCUUGAUCAGGUAGGAGCCGAAAUAUCAGAACUUUGUUGUCCAGCUGGGCCGGGGCAUUUCAAAACAAAAGGACCAACCAGGAUUUUGUAGGCCCAGGUGAAGAAAAAAAAAGGGAAUCUGUUUUGCAGUAUUGUUCUUUUCUUGUGUGUUUGUUUAUAAGAUUAAUUUGACUCGUUUUUUUUUCUUCUUUUUAUUCAGUUCUUCUUUUUUUUUUUUUUUUUUUCCAUUUUCUAUCGACUUUAUUUGCUGUUUGUUUUCAGCCAGUCCUCUCCGUCCGCCUGACUCUGGCCUCUGAUUAUGUGAACACAACUCACCCGUCUGCACCGUUUCCUUCCUCUCUUCACUCAGCUCCACUCUUCCUCUCUUUCCUCUACGUGCCCCCCCUCCUCACCUGCUCUCUCUCUCUCUGUUUCACUGAAAACGUCGGCUACAGAAGCAUGUGGGCCGUGCUGUGCGUGGCCAGCCGCGGAUAACAAAAGGGUGUAAUAUUUAUUAAGGGGGAGGGAGGGGAGGGAGGGUCUGGGGUAGACUGAGGUAAAGAGAGAGAGUUGGUUCAGGAGCGGGGAUGAGAAUGUACUGUAAAGAUGUGAUUGUACACCACGACAUGGAGAGAAAUGAAAAGUUCUAAAACAUG